AAUUUCAUGUGAAAAAGAGCACCGAAAUACUCUGUAUGUGGCAAACUUUUUCGCAUACUGAAAACGUUGUAAAACUUGAAUUUGAACUCCCUCUAUUUUGAGAUAGCAUCUCGCGCUCCAUUGCUACGCGUUAUAGAGUCGAGACGCAGAGACAACGCGCGUCUUUGAAAAUUGUUUUCUAUUUUUUAAAAUCGUUUUAUUUAAUUGUAUUUUUCCUAUAUUAACGCGAUGAAAAAGGCUAAAAAAGAGAAGAAAGAAAAGAUUAUCAAACCGGACGGCCCAAUCAAUUUCAAUCGAUCGAUUAUGGCUGCUUUCGAAAAGCAAUCCCGUGGAAAAAUCUGUCCAUUGUGCGAGACGAAAUUCUCUCUAGCAAGCUACAAAAGUCACAUGAACACUUGUAAUGUCGCUGAUGACGAUGAAGAAAUUGAAGUUAUCGCCACCUACACUCGAGAUGAAGCAAUAUUAAUGCGUGCGGGUCCAGAAAUUAUUUUAGGAGAUGCGAGUUUUUCCGAUAAAUCUGAAAAUCCAACGAAGAGACGGAAAACUGAUGAACGGGAAGUACCAUCGGAAGAUGAUAUUGUUCCGGAAGUUCCAGGCCCUUCUGGCAUCGUUAAAAAUCAUGAAAUGCCUUCGGAAUCGCUUGAUGUGACUGAAAUCUCGGAAAACAUUGAGAAAGUAAUCAAAAAAUCGCCAGAAUGGAUUAAUCAUCGAAGGAGGUCAUCAAGACUUUUACAAAACUCUCAGAAAGAUCAGGCAGACAAUGCAAAUAAGGAAGAUCCUGUGAAAAAAGAAACAGCAACAAUUUCCGAAGUACUACAAGCGAUUGAAAGGUUUGAACAGCGGGUUUCUGGCCCCGAGCAAACUUGGCCAUACUAUAUAAAAAUUACAAUAAAAAUAAUGAAACGUGUCAUUUCCACCGAGAAAUUCGACGGAACCUUCUAUGCCGAUGACUUCUGGUUACCAAGUGAUAUUAUCACAUUUUAUCGAUUCGUAGAGCUACUUUCUGAAGGAGCCAAGUGUUUACUUGUCAGGUUAUUCAUCAGAAAACCUGCAUGGUAUAAUUUAGAAAAAUUGGAACAGAAAUAUCCAGAAAUUCCAAAUAUCAAAGAAGCUGUCUCGGAGCUUGCGAAAGGACAUUUUAUUGAUGAUGAUUCUUCCAUGAAAACACUAGACGAAGCACUGCAAAUCUCAGAUGUCGUUGCCUUGAAGAAUGUGACGAAAAAAUUCAAAUUAGAUGGAACCAAGAAUCGUCAAGAACUAAUCCAAUCAUUACGAAAGUUUGCCCAAUCUCAGCAAUCAAUAUUUGGAGGAACUGGAAACGUGGAAAAGUCGAUUUUAAAAAGUCUGAAACAAGAACUGGGACCAUGCGUUCGUGUUCGAGGGGGAUUUGUAGAUCUUUUCAAGUGUCUCUUCACUAUAUACUGCCCUGUCACUACAAAUUCGGCGAAUGUAAUUGAUAAUCCAUCAACCACGAAUGUUUAUCAAGAUUUAUUAUAUUUGAUGUUGUCCGUUGCAAACGGAACUGUGCAAUUUCCGGCUCCAAAUCCAUGUCCGAUCAUUGCGAGUUUUUACAAGAAUCGGAAUAUGCUACAAGACUAUAUGAUUUCAAAAUCGCUGGAAAUCGCUAUAGUUUCUCAAAUGUCAAAUGGAAAUCUUGAUGCUGCUCUAGAUUUGGCAAUUGAUGCGAAAGAGUUCAUCGAACAAAUGUCAGAUGAUGAUAAGCGAUAUUAUGAAAGUCUGGAAAUCCAUGAACGAAAAUUCACAUCGAUUUGGGUUUUUACGAGGUGUUGUGGACAUGCUUCUAGCAUUCUUGAACGGCAAAAGAAAUAUGGAAUGGCUGUGGAAUGGCAGAAAGAUCUUCUGAUUACGAAUAAAGAUAUCCAAUCAUACUGUAUCGAUUCACGUGGAAUCUGGUGGGAUCGAAUGUUGCUCAAUUUAGAUUCACAUUUAAAGGAGAAAAAAGAAUGUGCAAAAAUGAUUCAAAUUGCUCUCCAAGAUCCUUCGAUUCUUGAAAAAGAGCUCCUAAUGAUUCAAGAUCGAGCUCUAAAAUUGAAAGAAAUGCCUGCUGAUUUUGUAACACCUAUCAAUAUUGGAAAUCCGGAAAAGAAGACAAUUACAGCGAAUGUUAUAACGAAAAGCUUAGGUGACGGGAGAAUCAAUCGAUUUAUGAUAAGAGAUCAUGAAACUGAUGAUGACGUGGAAUGUUCUGUAGAAGAAGUUACUCGAAGACAUUAUCUUGAAAAUGAAGGAUUUUCUACAGGUGUUCAUGAUGAAGGUUCCACGUGGCAUACUCUGUUCGGACUUUUCUUUUAUGACGUCAUCUUCGCAACGGAUGAAUCAGUUGAAUCCACGUGGCUCAGUGAGCUGCAAGAUUGUCCGUCUGAUCUCAGUAAUACUCUGUAUUCGAAACGAAAAGAAAAGUUCGAGGACCGAUUUGUGUGGUUAGAAGAGGCUGAACAGGAGCUUAUUGAAGAAAAUAUUCGAAAGAUAUGGGAUCUGAAGCACAACGAAACGAAUCGUGAAUGUUCGUGGAAGCAGUUUCCAAUGGGUGCUGAAGAUUGCGUGAGCUUUUUCCAAUGUAUUCCUCGCCCCGCAUUGAUAUUGAUUCUUCGUCGUCUUGCUGAAAACUAUCGAAAUUCGAGGUCUGGAUUUCCUGAUUUGACGCUUUGGAAUCCUGAAACCAAAAGAGUUGCGGUAGUUGAAGUUAAAGGACCAGGCGACCGUCUCUCAACAAAACAACGUUUAUGGCUUGCAAUUUUUGCUGAUAGUGGAAUUCGAGCAGAAGUCUGUCAUGUUGCUGCACAAAACUCUAGACUACUGGUAUAAAUAUUUACUUUUAAAUAUCAUUCUAUGUGAUUCGUUAAUUCUGUUUAAUAGGUACAUAAAGUUUCGUUUUUCUUUU